GGUGACGCCUCACUGACGCAAGGCUACGUUGUGACGCGGGGCUACGUGGUGACGUCACGGCGUGGUGAUUGUUGUCGUUGGAGCUCCUGGAAGUCCGGAGGUUUCUGCUCGUUCUCUCCGGACUCACUGGUGUCUUUAACCGGACUCUGACUCCUCCAUGAGGCGGUCACAGCUCAGCCCGUCCUCGGACCCCGCACACGAGUCCCCGGAGACUUCACCGGCAUUUAACGGCAGCUGCAGCAGCUAGCUUAGCUUAGUUUAGCUUAGCUUAGCGGCUGAGCCCGACGAGGAGGAGAAUCAGCUGACACCAGCAGGAACCCCGCUAAGAAACGCAUGGCGUCAUCUUUUAAAAUCCCGAAGAGGAAACACCCUGCAGACUCUGACUCCGCCCACGUGCACGUGCAGUCACCGCUGUCCCGCCUCCAGGGCCCCGCCCCUCAGCUUCAGGGCUACGGGGCCACUGACAGGGUGCAUGCUGGGAAUAAAACAUCCUGUCAGCCUCUGUUCAGGGACGUGGUCAAAACCAUACUGGGCCUCAAUGGGGGCGGAGCCUCGCCAGCAGCCAAUCGCAGGCCACCAGGAAGUGAGUCGACAUCGGCCAGCCUCACUAACAGGUGGCGUCCUCAGAGAGCAUCGGACCGGCUGCUGAAGCCUCAGGUGACUUUAGAGUCUCCACCACAGAAGAAGAAGAGCACAGUCCCUGGGAGCAUCUCCGUGGAGUCUCUGGACUCUCUGGCUGAGCUGAGGCAUGAUGGGAGUCUGAGUUCCUCCAACCACAGCACGGGCAGGAGACACCAGCAGGUGUCUACAAGUCCUCCAGAGUCUCCUGUCAAACAGAAGAAGUCGUCGUCGUCCGUCUCAGGUUCAGAUCCAGCGUCAGAGGACGACUUCCUCUCCCCGUCCAGGACCAGACUCCCAGCGGCUAAGGCUCGUCCCUCGUCCUCGUCUGUCUCCACGUCCGAGCCGAGGACGCCGAGGACGCCGAGGACGCCGGAGGACGUGAGGGAACGUCAGAGAGAAAGAUGGAGGGAGUUCAGGGAGAGGAGGACCAGGCUGGAGGUCCUGAAGAAGCCGAGGAAACAGAACCAGAACCCGACAGAACCCAUCGUACUGUCCAGUGAAGACGAGGAGGACGACAGAGACGACGCAGCGGUGACGCCGCGGAGCUGCAGGCCCUCAGAGACGGGUCUUUCGCUGCCGCCUCCUUCCUUCCUGCAGCUGGACUUCUCCUCGCUUCACGCCGGCCUGAUGGACGCCGCCGCCGACCACAAGAUGACGAUCACAGACAACGGCAUCACGCUUCCCCUGAAAGGGGAGGAGAAUGGGGAGGUGACAGUGGUGGCGUCUCAGCUUCGUGGUUAUGGCGUCUGGGAUGGAGGCGUGGCUAAGGGCGGGGGUCUGCUGGCUGCUUGGGAAGGCCCCGCCCCCUCACUGCUCUUCCUGUGGGUGACUGAUGCCCAGGCCAACGUCCUGCAGAGGGAGCUGUCGGCCAUCCAGACCUGCACUGCCUCCGGUCCCCCCUGCCCCUUCCUCCUGGUGGUCCUGAGGGAGCAGCUUCAGGAGCUCCAGUCUGCUCUCUUGGCUUCCAUCCUGGACAUGGAGGAGUACAGGCAGGGACGCACCUCCUCCUCCUGCUCCUCCUCCUAUGGGGGGCUGGCCUCCCCUCUGGACUGGACCGAGGGACUGGCUCUCCUCCACAGCUGCCCUCCUCCUCUGGACCAGCAUCUCCUCAGACUCCUGGGCCACUCAGCGAAAUCUGGUCAGAAGAAAACCAGCGCUCCUCAGCAGCUCCCAACCAGGCUGGUCCAGUAUCCUGUGUCUCCUUGUAAAGGACGGAUCACUAUCUCUCAGGAGGACAUGUCCUGUCUGGAGGACGGAAACUACCUCAACGACGUCAUCAUAGACUUCUACCUCAAGUUCCUCCUCAUGGAGGGGGUGGAGGACGACUCUGUGUCCAAGAGGAGUCACGUCUUCAGCAGCUUCUUCUUCAAACAGCUGAGCAGGAGACGAACGGCGGGGGAGGACGGCGCCCCCUGUGUCCAGGACCGCUACGUGAGACACCAGAGGGUGAAGACGUGGACACGCAGUGUGGACAUUUUCACCAAAGACUUCCUGUUUGUGCCUGUCAAUCAAGAGUCCCACUGGUUCCUGGUGGUGGUGUGUUUCCCUGGUCUGGAGGACGUCCAGUUCCAGAAGUUCCAGCCACGAGAAGGUGACAGAUCAGAGAGAGAAGCUCCGCCUCCGGAGUGCAGUGAACUGGGCUGCAGGAGAACAUCAGUGUUAAAGAGGCCGUGUGUUCUCGUCAUGGAUUCGUUGAAGCUGUCGCAGCAUGAGGACGUCUGCAGACUCAUCAGAGAGUACUUGCAGGUGGAGUGGGAGGUGCGGAGGAGAACGUCCCGUGUCUUCAGCACCAUGAGGAGCUGCAGCUGUAGAGUUCCUCGACAGGACAACAGCAGCGACUGUGGAGUUUACCUGCUGCAGUACGUGGAGGCCUUCCUUCAGGUAACUCCUCCCCCUUCCUUCAGGUAACUCCUCCCCUUCCUUCAGAACCCUGUGGUGCACUUCGACCUCCCGCUGCGAUUGGACGGCUGGUUCCCGCGGCAACGAGUGCGCCAGAAACGCAGCGAGAUACGGAGUCUGAUCAUGAGGCUGCACUUCCUGUCCCGCCAAAAUAAGACUCACUAGCGCAAUAUUCUGCUACCUGUUGUUUGUAAAAUAAAAGCAAGUAUUUUAUUCUUUAUUCAUCUUCCUGUUGUUUAUAAAAUAAAAGUAUUUAUUUCA